AUGCUGCGAACAGCAACGACCCUCCGAGCUGCGCGUCUCACGCGAGCUCAGAGCGCUUCGUGCGGCCUCCACACCGAGUACGACUACCUCGUGAUUGGCGGCGGCAGUGGCGGCAUCGCAAGCGCUCGUCGGGCCGCGAGUUACCCGGGAACACGCGUUGCCGUCGUCGAGCACGGGCGACUGGGCGGCACUUGCGUGAACGUGGGCUGCGUGCCGAAGAAGCUCAUGUACCUCGCAGCGGACAUGUGCCACCAGCUCCAGCACGAUGUCCUGCAUUACGGGUUCGAAACGGCUGGGGCCGGAGGCUCUUUGGGGGAGCAGAUGCACUUUGAUUGGACGAAACUCAAGACCCGCCGCGAUGACUACGUGCGACGUCUGAAUGGGAUCUACGAGAGGAACUUGGCGAACUCGAAGGUGGAUGUGAUCCGAGGGCUGGCAAAGUUCAAUGAACGGGGAAACGUCGAGGUUGACGGCAAGGAGGUGCUGGCCAAGAACGUGAUGAUUGCCGUUGGAGGCAGACCGCUGGUGCCUGACAUUCCUGGCAAAGAGCUCUGCAUGGACUCGGACGGAUUCUUCGAGCUGGAUGCUUUGCCGAAGAAGGUGGCGGUCGUUGGCGCCGGGUACAUUGCUGUCGAGCUCGCUGGCAUCCUGAACGCACUGGGCUCGGAGACGUUCAUUUUUUGCCGGAAGGAGGGCGUGCUUCGCACAUUUGAUGACAUGGUGCGCACGACGCUGGAGGAUGCCAUGGCGACAGACGGUUUGCAAUUGCGACCCAACAGCAAUGUUGCUCAGGUCGAGCAGGCAGCUGAUGGCACCAAGACAUUGGUGCUGGCCGACGGUUCGACGCACAAGGGCUUUGACGUUGUGAUCUACGCUGCUGGUCGUAUACCUCUGACACAAACGCUCGAUCUCGACAAGGCAGGCGUGGCGACCGACAAGCACGGCUACAUACGUGUGAACGAGUUCCAGGAGACGUCGAAUCGCAGGGUGUUUGCUGUGGGUGACGUGUGUGGGACCCCGGCCCUCACCCCAGUCGCUGUUGCAGCUGGACGGAAGCUCUCGGACCGUCUAUUCGGGAACGUGCAGGAUGCCAAGGUCUCGUACGAGAACAUCCCGACGGUCGUGUUCAGCCACCCUCCCAUUGGUACGAUCGGCCUGACGGAGAAGCAGGCUCGAUGCAAGUACGGCGACGACGACAUCAAGGUGUACACGAGUCACUUUGUCAACAUGUACUACGGUCUGAUCAACGAGGUGGAUGAGGCAACUGGUGCGCCGAAGGCCAAGCCCAAGACGGCCAUCAAGCUCGUGUGCGCCGGCAAGAAGGAGAAGGUCGUGGGGCUGCACAUGAUCGGCAAAGCGGCCGACGAGAUCCUGCAGGGCUUUGGGGUAGCGGUGAAGAUGGGCGCUACAAAGGCCGACAUGGACAGCUGCAUUGCCAUCCAUCCUACCGCCAGUGAGGAACUCGUGACGCUCGCGCCGUGGGGACUCAGUGGGCGUCAGUAA